CUGUCGGCAUUUUAUUUUCGUACUCCAUCUUUAUCAAACAAAAACAAAUUGCAAUAAUUAGUUUUUUUCUUCUAUAACAGAUGUAUUUGGCUACGACAACAACAUCACAGCAAUAUGUCAAAGAAACCAGUUUUGUACUACACACCGCGUAGCCCACCAUGCCGGGCUGUCUUAUUAACUGCUGCCGCUUUGGGUGUUGAUCUGGAUCUGAGGUUAAUGAAUUUAAAAGAUGGAGAUCACUUGACACCUGAAUUUUUGAAAUUGAAUCCCUUGCACACCAUACCGGUGUUGGAUGAUGAUGGUGUUGUUGUCACCGACUCUCACGUCAUCUGCUCAUAUUUGGCUGAUAAAUAUUCGGUCGAUGAGUCUCUGUACCCCAAGGAUAAGCUUAAGCGUAUGCAGGUCGACGCUAGGCUCUUCUUCGAGUGUGGUCAUCUCUUCCCACGAGUACGCAUCAUGGUUGAACCCAUCAUCUACUUUGGAGAACAUGAAAUUACACCGGAAAAGGUGUCCUAUAUGCAAAAAGCCUACGAUGGUCUGGAAAAGGCUUUGACUGUCCACAAGUAUCUAUGCGGUGAUCAUCUGACCAUUGCCGAUUUGUGCUGUGUGUCUUCGGUCUCCACGGCCAUGCGGUUUGCUCCCAUUGAAGAGGAUAAAUUUCCCAAUGUCAAAGCCUGGGUGCAACGUUUAUCCGAAUUGCCCUACUACCAGAAGAACAAUCAGGAAGGUGUUGAUACUUUGGUCAAUUUUGUGAAAGAUAAAAUGGUGGAAAACAAGACUGCCAAGGAAAGUUCAUAAAUUUUGUGAAAAAUAACUCAAUAAAAUUCAUGUAUAUACGAACAUAUGGAA